CGAUGCCUGACUUUCACCGACGUGGCCCCUCAGGGCUUGGCCUCAGGCGAGCGCCGCUCCUGGAUCAUCUUGCAGCGCUUUGUGGAAGGCUUCUACUUGCACCCCACAGGCCUGGAGCUCCUCCUGGACCACAGCAGCAUGAACGCCCAGGACUGGGCGGUGGAGCAGGUCUGGUACAACGGGAAGUUCUACCGAAGCCCAGAAGAGCUGGCCCGGAAGUACGAUGCUGGAGAGGUGGACAUGGUGUUGCUGGAGGACCCGCUCCCCGAGGGCAAGGGGGCCGAGGGCUCAGAGGAGCCGCCCCUCUUCUCAUCCUACAAGCCACGCGGGCACUUCCCCAGCCCCAUGACCGUGAAGGGCCCACACCUGGUCCAGCCCCAAGGCCCCCGCUACAGGCUGGAGGGCAACGCCGUGCUCUACGGGGGCUGGAGCUUCGCCUUCAGACUGCGGUCCUCCACGGGGCUACAGGUGCUGAACGUGCAUUUCGGUGGGGAGCGCAUUGCCUACGAGGUGAGCGUCCAGGAGGCAGUGGCGCUGUAUGGAGGCCACACACCUGCGGGCAUGCAGACCAAGUACAUCGACGUGGGCUGGGGUUUGGGCACCGUCACCCAUGAGUUGGCCCCUGGCAUCGACUGCCCAGAGACGGCCACCUUCCUGGAUGCCCUCCACUACUAUGAUGCCGACGACCCUGUCCACUACCCCCGAGCCCUCUGUGUCUUCGAGAUGCCCACGGGGGUGCCCCUUCGGCGCCACUUUGACUCCGACUUCAAGGGUGGCUUCAACUUCUAUGCAGGGCUCCAGGGCCAGGUGCUGGUGCUGCGGACGACAUCCACGGUCUACAACUAUGACUACAUUUGGGACUUCAUCUUCUACCCCAACGGGGUGAUGGAGGCCAAGAUGCACGCCACUGGCUACGUGCACGCCACCUUCUACACGCCCGAGGGGCUGCGCUAUGGGACACGCCUGCACACGCACUUGAUCGGCAACAUGCACACUCACCUGGUACACUACCGGGUAGACCUGGACGUGGCAGGUAGGACUCGCUGGCUCCAGACGUCCCCAGGCCAGACCUCUGUGUGCAAACACUGA